UGGGUAAAUUUCUCACGUUGUAAUACUUGCCAGGUAUUGCAAGAUGACAGCAAAUGUAUAAAGUUGAAAGUUUCGUUGUUAUGUUGAAUUUAUGAUAAUUAACCAUGUAAACCUUAUUCAGUUAAUGAGUAAGUGCGUUAUUUAUUGUUUCAUAGCCUAAUAUUUGCUGGAAAUAAUGGGUGGUAAAGUGUCAACAUCACAAGUUUCGAAAGCAGCAAGGUCAGUCAAAAACGGAAAGCUUUCCUCAGAACAUUCGGACAAGCUGACCAGCGCAAGACAAGGGAACGCUAGUGAUAAUCAUUUAGAAAGAGCACAAGAGAAUAUUCAAGGAGAAAUUGGCAAGAAAGAUGGCAACCUGAUUGGACGAGUUCAGGAUCUCAAUGUGCAGUCAGAAUUCUUGCAUCCAAAGAUAGUUUCCAAGUCAGAGAGGCCCCUACCUCAGCUGAGGACAACAGACAUGGACCCAAUUGAGGCCCUUGUGAACAUCAAGAAGGUCCCAAGGGGCAAAUUUUCCCUUCUGCAGGCCAACACUAUUCUGGAGAAGCACGCCUCCAACCCUAUGGAGCACACUGCAGAAAGCCUUGCCAAUGAAUACAACCUUGACCUCCAACAAACAUUCUUCUUUUUGAGACAUUACAGCAAGAUGAACCUAGAGGCAGAGAUGCGCGCACCUGAGAGUUCGGCCAUGAAGGAGAUCAUAGCUAAGAGUGAGGAGAAAAAGGAGGCUUAUAAAAACUUUAUGCAAAAUCUUUUUGUGGGGAAAAGAUGACCUCUGUGAUGUUUGUACAAUAUUAAAGGACAAUAAAAACAAGAUUACUUAAAAGAACUUUGUGCAAAAUCUUUUGUAGGGAAAAGAUUAUUCCUGUAAAUGCAUUAGAAUAUAAAAAUAAAUUGCCAAAACAUAAUAUUUAGUGUGUAAUUAAAACUUAAUUGCAUUUGGCAUGUUUGUAUGAUUUAUGUAAACACUGCUACAUGACUGUAUUGUUUUGGCUUGGAACUCUUAGGGGUAUCCAUUUGGAUAGGAUCAUCCUGCAAAAAUGUUUAACUGCACGUUAAAUGUGAUUUAUUAAAGACUUGCAUGCCUUA